AUGUGUGGCAUUUUCGGCUACAUCAACUACUUGGUGGAGAAGGACCGCAGGUUCAUUAUUGAAACCUUGCUCAAUGGUCUUUCCCGCCUCGAAUACAGAGGGUACGACUCCGCCGGUCUCGCCGUCGAUGGUGACAAAAAGAAUGAGGUCUUUGCGUUCAAAGAGGUGGGCAAGGUGGCCAAACUACGCGAGUUGGUGGACAGCUCGGACGUGGACAUGACCAAGGUCUUCGACUCUCAUUGUGGAAUUGCACACACCCGUUGGGCCACCCACGGUCAACCCUCCCGACUCAACUGCCAUCCCCACAGAUCUGAUCCCAAAUGGGAGUUCGCUGUUGUCCACAACGGCAUCAUCACAAACUACAAAGAACUUAGGGCCUUGCUCGAGGGAAAGGGUUUCAAGUUCGAGACUGAGACCGAUACCGAGUGCAUUGCUAAACUCGCCAAAUUCCUCUACGAUUCCCACCCGGACAUUGAUUUCACCACUCUCGGAAAGGCAGUGAUCAAGGAAUUGCAGGGUGCAUUUGGUCUGCUCCUGAAAUCCGUUCACUAUCCCCAUGAGGUCAUUGCUGCACGCAAAGGUUCGCCCUUGGUGGUGGGAGUCAAGACAGCGAAGAAGAUGAAGGUGGAUUUCGUCGACGUUGAGUACUCUGAAGAUGGUGGCGCCUUGCCGGCGGAGAAGGCCAACCACAAUGUUGCCAUGAAGAAGUCGGCGGCUGGUCUGCUGUCUCCUGGCGGCCUCUUGGCUCCCCCUGACAAGUCGCUUCUCCACCGAUCGCAGUCACGAGCAUUCUUGUCUGACGACGGCAUGCCGCAGCCAGCAGAAUUCUUCCUCUCGUCGGAUGCAUCGGCGCUUGUCGAGCACACCAAGAAGGUUCUCUACCUGGAGGAUGAUGACAUUGCUCACAUCCACGAGGGCCAGCUCAACAUCCACCGAUUGACCAAGGAUGACGGCACUUCCAACGUCCGUGCAAUCCAAACCAUCGAGCUCGAGCUCCAGGAGAUCAUGAAGGGCAAGUUUGACCAUUUCAUGCAAAAGGAAAUCUUUGAGCAGCCUGAGUCCGUCGUCAACACCAUGCGUGGUCGUCUGGACGUGACCAACAAGUCAGUCACCCUGGGAGGCCUGAGGCAGUACAUCAGCACCAUUCGACGCUGCAGAAGAAUCAUUUUCAUCGCCUGCGGUACCAGCUAUCAUUCGUGCAUGGCUGUCCGGGGUGCAUUUGAGGAGCUGACCGAGAUUCCGAUUGCUGUCGAAUUGGCCUCGGACUUCCUGGACAGACAGGCACCUGUCUUCCGUGACGACACCUGCGUGUUUGUGUCACAAUCUGGCGAGACCGCCGACUCGCUGCUGGCACUGCGAUACUGCUUGGAGCGUGGUGCACUCACUGUCGGUAUCGUCAACGUGGUUGGUUCCUCCAUCUCCAUGCUCACUCACUGUGGUGUGCACAUCAAUGCUGGACCGGAGAUUGGUGUUGCCUCGACCAAAGCGUACACCUCUCAAUUUGUCGCCAUGAUCAUGUUCGCUCUGUCGCUGAGUGAGGAUCGUGCGUCCAAGUCCCAACGUCGGGCAGAGAUCAUUGAUGGAUUGGCGAGAGUCAGUGACCAAAUUCGGGAUAUUCUCAAACUCAACGACUCGAUCAAGGAAAUGUGUGCCAAAUUCUUGCAGAACCAGAAGUCGUUGUUGCUCCUUGGCCGCGGCAGCCAGUACUCGACUGCUCUCGAGGGUGCGUUGAAAAUCAAAGAGAUCUCGUAUCUGCACUGCGAAGCGGUCAUGUCUGGAGAACUCAAGCACGGUGUGUUGGCGUUGGUUGAUGAAAAUCUGCCCAUCAUCAUGAUCCUCACCCGAGACGACAUUUUCCCCAAAUCACUGAACGCGUAUCAACAAGUAAUUGCCCGGGGCGGACGACCCAUUGUGAUCUGCAACAAAGCUGAUCCCGAAUUCCCACCCGACAAGACGGAGCGUAUCGAGGUUCCAAAGACAGUCGACUGCUUGCAAGGUCUGCUGAACGUCAUUCCUCUGCAACUCAUCGCCUACUGGCUUGCUGUGGCUGAAGGCUUGAACGUGGACUUCCCACGUAACUUGGCCAAAUCGGUUACUGUCGAAUAG